GAUAUAGUGAAUGCAGGGUACGGGGAGACCAGAUAUAGUGAAUGCAGGGUCCUGGGAGACCAGAUAUAGUGAAUGCAGGGUACGGGGAGACCAGAUAUAGUGAAUGCAGGGUCCGGGGGACUAGAUAUAGUGAAUGCAGGGUCCGGGGAGACUAGAUAUAGUGAAUGCUGGGGUCCGGGGAGACCAGAUAUAGUGAAUGCAGGGUCCGGGGAGACCAGAUAUAGUGAAUGCAGGGUCCAGGGAGACCAGAUAUAGUGAAUGCAGGGUCCUGGGAGACCGGAUAUAGUGAAUGUAGGGUCUGGGGAGACCGGAUAUAGUGAAUGCAGGGUCCUGGGAGACCAGAUAUAGUGAAUGCAGGGUCCUGGGAGACCAGAUAUAGUGAAUGCAGGGUCCGGGGAGA